AUGGCGGAGAAGCGGGUGGACCCUGAGGACGGCGUUGCGUACACCUGGGACGAACUCAGCCAGUUUUACAAGGGGAAGUACAAGAAGAAGGAGAUCGAUGCCUACUGGGAGACUUGCAAGCCUGCAAAGAGGGCCAAGUCGAAGUCUAAGGCCGAGGCCGAGCCAAAGGCCAAGACGAAAGCGAAGACCAAGGGCAAGGCCAAGGCCGAGGCCGCGGAGCCUAAGGCUAAGGCCAAGGCGAAAGUGAAGGCCAAGGCCAAGGCGGAACCGAAGGCGAAGGUGAAGGCCAAGGCUAAGGCCAAGAAGGAGACCAAGCCUUCUGGGAAUUUUAAGGUCGUGGUGUGCGGCGGCUGCGGCGGAAUCGGGCAGCCGAUGGCCAUGUUGAUGGCGAUGGACAGGAACGUCAAGGAGCUCUGCAUCUACGACUUGGACAUCUCUCCGAUGCCACCAGCCGGCGUGGCGCAGGACUUGAUCCACCUCGAGAGGAAGUGCACGGUGAAGGGGUACGUCGGGAAGGUGAACGAGCCCCCGGUGAACUUCAUGGAGGAGCCUCUCACGGGGGCCCACCUCGUACUCAUCCCUGCAGGCUUGCCGCGCAAGCCUGGGCAGACCCGCGACGACCUUUUCAAGGUUAACGCGGACAUCGCGAAGGGCAUUGUCGAGGCCUGCGCCAAGUACUGCCCCGAAGCCGUCUUGGCGAUGAUCGUCAACCCCGUCAAUUCCAUCGUGCCCGCCAUGGCGGAGCUCUACAAGAAGAAGGGCCUGGACCCCAUGAAAAUCAUCGGCGUCACGACGCUGGACGUCGUUCGUGCCAACAAGUUCGUGGGCGAGGAGACGAACAAGAACCCGAACUUCAUCAACGUGCCGGUGAUCGGUGGCCACGCUGGGGCGACCAUCCUGCCUGUCUUUUCACAGGACAAGGCAGGCAAGCUGCUGCCGGCCGAGAAGGUGCCAGACAUGGACAAGCACGUGCAGGACGCCGGCACCGACGUAGUGAACGCAAAGAACGGCAAGGGCAGUGCCACGCUCUCCAUGGCGUACGCGGGGGCCCGGUUCGGCUCCGCGAUCCUCUCGGGCCUCUCCGGGAGGAAGCGCACGGAGUGUGCUUACUGCGCGUCCACGGUCACGGACCUCCCUUACUUUGCACAGAAGGUGAUCCUCGGCCCUACCGGGAUUGAGAAGGUGCUUCCGCUCGGGGAGCUCAACGAGCACGAGACGAAGCGCUUGGAGGAGGUGAAGACGCAGCUGAAGGGCGAGGUCGAUACUGGGCUGAAGUACGCGGAGGCCAACUCGCUGGCAUGA